AUGGCCCUGCGCCUGUGGCUUGCGCACUUUGCGCUUACAGGCGGCUCAAUCCUGUCUCCUCCCAGGUGGCGGCGCCUUGCUACCGGUUCCAUUCGCCCGGCGGGUUGGCUGCAGACGCAGAUGCAGCUGCAGGCGUCUGCCUUGACGUCGCACCUGCCGCUCUUCUGGGACAACGUGCGGAACACUUCAUGGCUCGGCGGCAACGCGGACAAUGUCGGAGGAAUCCACGAGAGCACACCAUACUGGCUGAACGGCGCUGUUCCACUGGCCUUGCAGCUGCAAGACGAGGACCUGUUGCAGACAGUGGAGAAGUACAUAGAAGGUAUUCUCGACAGGCAGACCCAGGAGGGCUGGCUGGGCCCUGACACAGACAAGACUGACUUCUGGUCCCGAUACCCGUUCCUGAUGGCCAUGGUCCAGUACCACGAGGCGUUGCCAGGCGGCCCCAGACGCAAGCGCAUCGAAGAGGCUGCAUUGGGCUUCUUUUCAGCGAUGCGCCGGCGGCUUGAAGGAGGAGUGCCCCUGACAGUGUGGUCUUCAUUCCGAACACACGACCUGAUUUGGACGAUUCACUACUUCCUGGAUGUGCUGCAGGAGUCUGCUGAGCCUUCCGUUCUGCGGGACCUUGCAGCCUUCGCUGCGCGCUUGCACAGCCAGGGCUUUGACUGGACUGGCUUGUGGUACAAUGCUAGCAGCUUCGCCAAGGAGGCAGUGGUGAACACCUCCAUGCAAACACACGGAGUCAACAAUGCUCAGGCCGUAAAGAGUGGCGUCGUUUGGUCCAGACAGUCUGGGAACGCGCCGGCAGGUUGGGCAGAAACUUGGCUGGCCUGGGAGCAGCUGCAGCGCUACCAUGGGCAGCCCAAUGGGGCCUUCAGCGCGGAUGAGCAUCUCGCAGGCCGCAUGCCUUCACGGGGAACGGAGCUUUGCGUUGUGGUUGAGUCCAUGUGGUCUCUAGCGCUGGCCUCUCAGCUGGCCCCAGGGGACGAGGAGGCUGUGCUAGCUUUGGAUGCCCUGGAGUCCCUGGCCUUCAACGCUCUGCCGGGCAGUUUGAGCGAAGACCUCUGGUCCCAUCCGUACCUUCAGUUUGCCAACUCUUACGAGGCAGUCUCCAACGAACCCGACCAUAUUUGGGGACAUGACGGUGACCAGUCUGCCAUGUAUGGCCUGGCGCCGAACUACGAGUGCUGCACAUCCAACUUCCACCAGGGCUACCCCAAGUUCGCAGGAAGCCUCUUCUUCGAGGACCUGGGGCAGCAGCAGCUGAUCUCGGCAGUGUGGGCACCGAGCGUGGUGAAUGCAACUGUUGGCAGAGCCCACGUGGAGCUCCGGACAUCCUAUCCGUUCAACUCCUCGGUGGAGUAUUGGAUUCGAAAUGAUGAGCCCUUCACUCUGAAAGUUCGCAUUCCGAAAUUCCUGCGCACCUCGACUUCGACACGCUUCGUCAGAGUGGAUGGACACACCGUCAAGGCCGAGGAGACCGCCGGCUUCCUUCACCUUUCCAUCCCCGCUGCAGCGGAGCGGCUGGCGGUGAAGAUCGAUUUUGUAAUGGCCCCAUCCGUUCAAAGAUCAGAAGCUCAAGGCGUCUCUGUCUACUUUGGCCCGCUCCUCCUCGCUCUGGACCUCAAUGAACAGUGGCAGUUAGUGCAGAGGUAUACCUUCAAUGCUGCUGACUGGAACACCACAGCCGCUCUGGCUUGGCGCUUGGCCAUGCCGCAUUCGCCGCGCCUGGGCACGCCGAGGCUUUCCAUGCCUGGGCCUCGCCCGAUGGCUUCCAGCGACUGCCCUGUGGCCCUGGAGGCAACUCUUCUCGCAGUUCCGCCUAGUGCUUGGCCGAUUCAACACGGUGCUCCGGGGCCAGUGAACGGCACCUGCCGCGCUGGUGAGCAGGUUCAGCGGACCCUCCUGGCUUAUGGGUGCACCUCCAUCCGCAUUUCAGCCCUCCCGGUGGCUGAAGAGGAACCUCUGAUUGUGUGA